CAAUAUUUUUUAUUUACACUUUUUAAACAUAAAGUUUAAUUGGAAUACAAUCCAGCAAUGGCUUAUAAUAAGGAAUAUAUGAUAUUUGUUCUCGAUGUUCGUCAAAGCACCCCGGAGGAAUUUAAACAAAACUCGAUAAAAUGCUGUUCAGAAAUUAUGAAACGCAAAAUAUGUACCGCUAAAAAGGAUUUUAUGUCCUUUGUUUUGGUGGGUACUCAGCGUACUUUUAAUGAUGUCAAUACAAAUGUAUGUCACGAUGGCUAUUUAAAUGUCACUCAAUAUGUUGGAGAAAUGGAAAUACCUUCUUGGCAAUUAUUAAUGAAUUUCUAUCAGUUUGUCAAUGAAACAGCAACGGAUAAAGGUGAAUGGUUGGAUGCCUUAGUAGUGGCUUUUAGUAUGUUGAAAGCUGGCUCGGAAAAUAAGAAAGUACAACGUUUAAGAUUGGUGUUAUUUUAUGAUUUCAAUGAUGGUCUUAAUUCUUACGAUUGCUUUGAGGAUGUCACCAAAAGUCUGCUGGAACACAAUGUAGACUUGAUAGUUGUUUCACCUAACAUUGCUUAUAUUGAUAAUGAAGCCAAUGACUUUUUACCACAAGCCAUAUUUAAUUCGGGCAAAAGAUCACAACAACAAGUUGAAAAUGAAAAAUAUGCUUUGCGUCUCGUAUCCGAAUGCAAUGCAAAAUUAAGUAAUAUAAAGCAGGCGGAAUUUUUUAUAUCUAAAAGUGAUAAUAAACGUCCUUGGACCUGGAAUAGUGAAUUACGUAUUGGCACAAAAAUUAACAUUAGAGUAACCGGUAUAAUUGCGGCCAAAAAUGAAUGUACCAUCAAAUUGAAAAAGGUGUGGAAUGAAGCAGAUGAGGUACUCAUACGUGAAUGGGGUUAUUCUAUUAAUGGUAAUAGAAUUACACCAAAUGAGGAUGAUUUAAUGGAAGGUUAUAUGUUGGGUGGCACUCCCAUACCUUAUGAUGAAGCGGCUAAUGAUGAUAAAAUUAAACUACCGCCCGGUUUAACAUUUAUGGGUUUUAUACCACGUAAAUCGGUGUAUGAUGAAUAUUACAGUGGCGAUACUGUGUAUAUGAUUAUACACAAACGUGAUGAUACUAGAUCGGCGAAAAUAAUGAAUGCUUUAGUAAGGGUACUGUUGAAAGCCGAAAGAGCUAUAUUGUGUUGGAAAGUAUACAGUGAAAAGUUUAAUAGACCAAAGAUGGUGAUUUUGAUGCCAAAUGAGAUCAAAGAUGACAGCCCCGCCUCAUUUUACAUGUACGAAGUGGCUUACUAUGAACAAUAUCAUUUCUUUGAGUUUCCUAAAUUGGCAUCGAAAAAAAGUGAAUGCUCUAAGGAGCAAUUAGAUGCCAUUGAUAACCUAAUCGAUAGUAUGGACUUAACCAUAGAAUCGAAGGAUUCUCAAACACCCAGAGAGACACAAGAGAAAGAUUUGCUGCCGUUUAAUAAUCUACCUCAUAUUUUCGAGAAGAAUUUCAUGGAUUUAAUGGAACGUAAAAUUCUUUGUAAAGCCAGUGAAGAUGAUGAAUUCUUUGAAGAGAUAUUAAAAGAUAAAAGUUUUGCCGAAAUCUUUUGGAAAGUACCCGAACAAAUUGAGGAAAAGGCAAAAGAUGCUGCCAAAGAGGUAAAACGCGUAUUUCCCUUGAAAAUAAGUGAUGAUUGGUUGGAGAAAGCUAAAGCUGAGGAAAAGAUUAAAAUGGCGCGUCUAACACAAACAUUCGAUGAAGAGGCCUCCAUCUCGGCUAGUCAACUAGCAUUUGAUCAUGUACGUUCCGCCACUCCAGCUGAAGACUUUGAACAGUUACUUAAAGCCUGUGUAUUUACCAUCAAGAAUAGUACACAGCGUGAUGUUAAAUUUAAUCAUUAUGCCUCACAAAUGCGUGCCGUUAUCAGAGAUCUGAUAUUUAAACCCAAAUCAUUUGCCGAAAUAAAUGUGGACAAAAUCGUUGCGGCACUGAAUGUGUAUCGCAAGCGUUGUUUUAUCUUUAAUGCAUUCGAUGAUUAUAACACAUGGAUUUCAUCGAUAAAAACCGAAGUUGUUAAUCGUCGUAUGGCCAAAUUUUGGCAUGAAGUUAUUGUACGCCAUGAGUUGGGUUUGUGUUUUAUAGGUGAAACGUCGCUGGAUGAACAGAUUAAGGAAAAGGAAUUCUAUAGUUUGGAAUUUAGUGAUAGUGAAGUAUCUGCUAGUAAUGUUGAAGCAGCACGUUUGGAAAUGGAUGAUUCCGAUAUGGAUAAUUUGCUGGCAAAUUUACCUUAAAAUAAGUAACGUUUUUUUUUUAUACUUUCUUUUGUAUAUUUAAUAAAAUUAUAUAAAUAUUA